AUGGAGUAUUUGCCUCUUCAAAGCAAAGUUUUUCUACUCACCCACGCUCUGUCCAUGAUCACAAACGACAGGCCGUUAACCUCACCGCCAGACAUCCAGUUAUUCGCCGAAGAAGUGGAGAACGUUACCACAGAGGAAACAAGUGGGAAGGGAGGUAAACGAGUCAAUGACCUGUUGGCCACUCUCCUCACCGGCACUGAUAUCGACUCCCGAGGCGUUUCUGUUGUCUGUGGUCAAAUUGAAAAGGACUCGACGUCCAUUCUCGUGAUAACCAGCCCAUCCAAAGACACAGUGGUUUUGAAUAAUCCAAAAUGCGUGGUGUAA